AUGGGAGCUUCCUCGAGCGCGCCGGCGACGGAGUUUGGAAGCAGCGCUGGAAAGCCGAUCACAGCAUACACCCUGAGCAAUGGCUCAAUGACGGUACGUGUCCUUGACCUGGGUGCGACGAUUUCUUCUGUCCAGGUCCCUGAUGUGAAAGGCCAGAUCAAAGAGGUCUGCCUCGGCUACGAUGAGGGUGCAGCGUACCUGGAUUGGACAAGAAAUCCCUACUUUGGAGCGGUGGCCGGGAGAUGCGCAAAUCGCAUCGCCAAAGGAAAGUUCAGUCUGGAGGGCAAGGAGUACGAGUUGGUGGCCAACAACGGUCCUAACCACCUUCAUGGUGGAAAUCAAGGUUUUGACAAGCUGAUUUGGACAUGUGAUGCGUCAGAUGCCACUUCCAUCACUCUUUCGCUUCUCUCACCGGACGGUGAUGAAGGAUAUCCGGGCAAUCUCCGCGUGAGGGUUACUUAUUCACUGCCGUCAUCUAGCUCCUUGAAGAUGGAGUAUGAAGCAACAACAGAUGCGCCAACGCUUUGCAAUCUGACAAACCACGCAUACUGGAACCUUGCUGAUGGUGGCACUGGUGUUCAAGAUGUGCAAAACCAUGAGAUACAAAUUUUCGCAGACUUCUACACGCCAGUGGACGAGACUUCCAUUCCGACCGGCGAGGUCCGGAACGUUGCUGGGGCUAUGGAUCUGCGACAGAAGACUCGCAUCGGCGCGCAGAUUCGGCGCGCUGAUAAUGGUCUUGGAUACGACCACAAUUACGUCUUGGGCCAGGCGGACAAGUCCGGCUUGCGCCCAGCAGCCCGCGUCUGGGAGCCUAGCAGUGGGCGCUGGAUGUCCAUGAAGACGAACCAGCCUGGUGUGCAGUUCUACACGGGAAACUAUUUGAAUGGCUUUGCAGGCCGUGCCGGAAAGGGUGCGUAUCACAAGCAUCAUGGCUUCUGCCUGGAAGCACAAAAGUUUCCGGAUGCCAUCAGUCGGCCACACUUUCCUUCUGUCGUGUUGCGACCAGGUGAAGUGUACCGACAAACGACUUUGUACGAGUUCGGUACAAGUGCAACUUCUCCAGAGGGUCCCAUUUGA